GUCCCAUAAUGGAUCCAUUUAUAAAAGCAAAGCGUCGGCGACGCUGAAUGGAGGAGCACCACCACCACCCCCGCCUAGACCGCAUCGAUCUCGCGAAAUAUCCUCCUUUUUCCCUCCUUCCAAUUUUAGCCUCCCUCCCCGCCGGUACCUCGCCCUAGCGCCGCUGAUGGCCGACGACUUCGUGAAGGCCGUCGAAGACGGUCUGAAGCUCUCGAAGCGAAUAUACUUCGGCAAGGACAGGUCCGUAGCGCCGCCGAGGAUGGAGGCGAUGGAGAAGUCCUCCUCCCACUCGUACCUCCCGUCGGCGCCGAUGGCCUACGCCGUGAUAUCCGACCCGGCGAUGGUGGAUAAUCCGGAUAUCCCGAGCUACCAGCCUCACGUGCACGGCAGGUGCGAUCCGCCCGCGUUGAUUCCGCUUCAGAUGAACGGCGUCGUGUUGGAGGCUGAUUGUUAUCUGGACACGGCGUUAGUGACGGUGACGGGAUCGUGGCGCGUUCAUUGCGUCAUGGGAAGCCGUCACUGCGAUGUUCGCGUCGCCGUUCCCAUGGGCGAACAGGGUUCAGUUCUAGGUGUUGAGGUUGGCACGCCCAGUAAAACAUACUGUACUCAGCAGAUUGCCAUGGGUGAGAAGAACGAUGUGGAAAAGGUCGCUAAAGCUGAAAACGGGGCCUUUAUAAAACCCCACAUAUUUACGUUUACAGUACCACUGGUUGAUGGAGGCUCCAAUCUUUCAAUCAAAGUUAGCUGGUCUCAAAGAUUGUUACAUAGCAAAGGUCAAUUCUCCUUGAGUAUACCAUUUAGUUUUCCUCAGUAUGUCACUCCUGCUGGGAAGAAAAUUUCCAAAAAAGAGAAGAUACAAUUGAAUGUUGACUCUGGUCCUGGAACUGGACUUUUGUGCGAGACAACUAGUCAUCCUCUAAAGGAACAACGGCGCCAAGUGGGGAAGUUGGGUUUCUUGUAUGAAUCAGAAGUGCUUCAAUGGUCAAGCAGUGAUUUUACCUUUACUUAUACUGUUUCUUCAAGUCAUAUUUUUGGUGGUGUGCUUUUGCAAUCUCCAUCUAUUGUUGACUCGGAUCAAAGGGAUAUGUUCUGCUUUUAUCUUUUUCCAGGAAACCAGCAGAGUCAGAAGGCUUUCAGAAAGGAAGUGAUUUUUGUUGUUGAUGUAAGUGGUAGCAUGCGGGAAAAGCCGCUUGAUGAUACAAAGAGUGCUCUAUUUGCAGCGCUCUCAAAGCUUGAUCCAGAAGACUCAUUCAAUAUAAUCGCUUUUAAUGCGGACACUUACCGGUAUUCAUCACGUAUGGAGUUGGCGACUGAGCAAGCAAUCGAAAAAGUCACCCAGUGGAUUAAUAUGAACUUUGUUGCAGGGGAUGGAACAAAUAUUUUGCUUCCCUUAAAUCAGGCAAUGGAGAUGUUAUGCAAUACUCGUGAUGCAAUUCCUAUGGUUUUCCUCAUAACUGAUGGGUCUGUUGAAGAUGAGAGACAAAUCUGUGACGUAAUGAGUAGUCUUUUGACAAAUCAGGGAUCAAUUUGCCCACGUGUUCACACUUUUGGCAUAGGUACAUUUUGUAAUCAUUACUUCUUGAGAAUGCUUGCAAUAAUUGGGAGGGGCCAUUACGAUGCUGCUUCUGAUGCAGACUCAAUUGAAGUUCGAAUGAAGGCAUUUUUUGAUAGAGCUUCAUCAACUGUUCUUGCAAAUAUAACCAUUGACGCUAUGGAUAAUAUGGAUGGGAUUGAGGUGUAUCCGUCUCGUAUUCCAGACCUUUUGUCUGAAAGCCCGUUGAUUGUAUCAGGCAGAUAUCAGGGAGCUUUUCCUGAAACUCUUAAAGCUACAGGGAUCCUUGCAGAUUCGAGCAACUUUGUUGUAGACCUGAAGGUACAAAAGGCAAAUGACAUACCUCUUGACAAGAUACUUGCAAAGCAAGAGAUUGAUCUACUCACGGCUCGGGCUUGGUUCUCAGAUGAUAGAGAGCUACAGAAUAAGGUAGCAAGAAUGAGCAUAAAAAGUGGUAUUAUAUCGGAAUACACCCGCACGAUCUUGCUUGAGACACAGAGGGGGAAGGAAGACAUGGGAUCAACCAGAGUUCCUGAGCAUAAACAGGUACCUAGCAAGAUUGAACAACAGAAGGCGACCGACUUUAAAGGCCAGAAGAUAAUAAUGCUGCGUAGCCUUGGGCCUGGCUUUGGCAACUUGACUGCCACUGCAGAAAACCUCUCUCCUGGAUGUGAGGAAGAAAAACUACCAGAGGCUGCAGAAAUAUUUGUUAAGGCGGCUUCUAACUGUUGUGGCAAGCUAUGUGGCCGCUGCUGUUGCAUGUGCUGCAUCCAGAAUUGUUCUCGGAUGAAUGACCAAUGCGCAAUUGUUCUCACUCAGCUAUGUGGGGCCAUCGCUUGUUUGGGUUGCUUCAGUUGUUGUGAACUUUGCUGUUCUGGAAAUGAUUGACAGUUGGAUUUGAUUAUGACAUAUUGGCUGGACUGUUCUUGCAUCUUCUAUUGCGAUAUUCAUACUAUGGGUGGCAAGGAUUAUAGGUUUUUUUUUUUGUUUCCUUUGUCUUUCCUUAAACCUGUUCUGGCAAGUGUAAAAUAUCUGAAGGGCGGGCAAAAAGAACGAGGUGGUGUAAUUCUCAAACUGUGAAUUCUUUAUAGAGAAAGAGGCGGACAUAACCUUUUUUUUUUUUUUCUGAAA